UUUCACUAUGGCGAGGAGGUAAACAAAUCGAAAGGCAGAAGGAGACUAGUCAAGAUGUAGCUUCUCACCUUGCAGGCUACAUCUUUUUUCCAUUCUGUUUUGACUAGAGGGACAAGUGUGACACUGUUUUUGGUUCCAUCAGCGGCUUCGAUUGCUGAACUGAUGUAAGGACGUGAUACAACGACUCAGAGCCGAGGAAAGGAUGGUUUCUUUUAUGAGAACAUUGCGACGUUUGAAACUAGUUAGCUCGUACGGAGCAACGGAGAAUAUAGCGGGGUUCACCAGCUAUGUGGCUUCUCGUUCAAGAUCGCUGUGAAAAAGUGAAGAAAUUUUUUUUGCGUUUCUGCCCAUCAUGGAGCGGAUCAAAGCCGUGUUGGUGAAUUGUUCUUGCUGACACAAAAACCUCCUACUUACGUGCUCAUCGCUUGUUAAUGAUUUUGUUUUUUAUUCUUCGGUAAGUCGAGAGCGCUACAGUAGACGUCAAAAUGUUAACUGGAUCCAAGACUACUUUCAAAGUCAGACAGAUCGUCCCAGAUAUGAAGGAAAGGAUACUGAGCCAUGGUGGUCUCCACACACGAGGAAGAGACAUGUUCGGUCUGCGCUGUUUGCCUGGGGAGUGUGUCCUCCAGAGGGCGGUGUUGGUGCGAAAGAAGCUCUCCGCCAGAGAGGGGGGUGGCUGGCUCGCUGGCACUCUCUUCUGCACCCACUUUAGAGUGGCCUUCGUUCCCCAAGACAGCCAGAAGCCUGAUGACAAUGCUGAUCCUGUGCUCCUUGGUGAUCAUGACGUGGCCCUUGCCUCCAUAGAGAAGGUGGUGGCUGUGGGUCCGUCUCGGACCAAGCUGGUUACGCCGAACUCGUCCCUGAAGUUCACCCCUGAGGAGCUGGUGCUGUACUGUCGAGACCUGCGGGUGAUCUGCUUCCUGUUUGACCGGCUGACCCCUGAAACCCAGGCCGUGGAGAUCACCUAUUCUAUUGCCAAGACCUACCAGCCUCUGAAGCCUGGCACCAUCCUUUCCUUUCAGAAUGCAGCGCUCGGAAGCGUUGAGAUGAAGCAGUUCCUUAGCAACCGUCGGCACGACGCCCAGAUGAACUGGUUUGAGAGCGUGACAGACUGGGAGAGGGAGCUGGAGCGGACGGGCGCCACAGGCUGGAGGGUCAGUGCCGUCAAUGACCGCUUCGAGAUGGCCACCAGUCUUCCCAGGUUUAAUGUAGUGCCUCAGAAGGUGCUGGACACAGAGCUGAAGAAGACCUUCGCCCACUUCAACGAGGGCCGCAUCCCUCGCUGGUGCUGGCGACAUCCACGGGGCAGUGACCUGCUGCGGACAGCUAGCUUUCAGAACAACAUCUACCAUGAGAAGGACGACAUCAGGAACCUGGAGGCCCUCCUGUUUGGGGGUCAGCAGCAGUGUGUGGUUGUAGAGCUUGCUGAAGAGAUGCCCACUCCAGCUGACAUCCAGCUGGCACAUACCCGUCUGCGUGCCCUUUGCCUGGGAGAUAUAUCUGCAUCUGUGUCUGUGCCAGAUGACAAAUGGCUGUCUACUCUUGAGGCCAGUCGCUGGCUGGACCAUGCCAGGUGCUGUCUCAAGAAGGCUGCAGAGGUUUCCUGUCUACUGCGAGGUGGUCACAUGACUGUCAUCCUUCAAGAGCAAGAGGACAGGGACAUGAACUGUGUGGUGUCCAGUCUGGUCCAGGUGAUGUGUGAUCCGUACUGUAGAACUGUGCCAGGCUUCCAGGGCCUCGUCCAGAAGGAGUGGGUCAUGGCUGGUCAUCGCUUCCUCAGCCGGGCCAACUACCAUCGAGACAGCGACAAGGAGGAGGCCCCUGUGUUCCUGCUCUUCCUGGACUGCGUGUGGCAACUCUGGGCCCAGUAUCCCUCUCGAUUCCAGCUCACAGGGGACUACCUGCUAGCCCUCCAUGACAGUUUCCACUUACCCCUCUUCAGCACCUUCCUGUCCAACUGCCAGAGGGAGAGGAGCCGCCGCUCACAGCGUCUGUCUCAGAGCUACACCCCAGUGAAUGGCUGGAGGGAGGUGCUACCCCAGGACCCCUCCCAGGAUCCAGUGGACCCCCCUCUUCCCCCAGUGUGGGACUGGGCCCUGCAGUACAGCUGCCAGAGGCGGGCACGUUUCACACACCCUGUGGCCCAGUCUUCCGCACCCCAGCCAGUCCUGAAUGGGAAUCUCAACACGAACCCUGACACACACAAGUCUCAGCUCAGUGAUGGAACCCUAGGCUCUGUCUUCCUGCUGUCCCGGGGUACUUUCUCCUCCCCCUCACACCUUCUGCCCUGGCGUAAUGGCGGGGGGUCGGGCUCGUACCGAAAGAGCCACCGGCGGGCCCCGUCCUCAGAGAGCCUCCCGGGACUGGAGCGCCUCAUUAAGACGUGGUCCCAAAGCGAGCCCUCCAAAGUCUCGCCCAACCCCCAGGACCCACAGGAGCCUCUGCUGCCCCUCCUACUGGGGCCUUGUAUUGGUGUGUGGAGGGACUGCUACCUGCGGGGGGCUCUCCAGGCACAGGCCUUCUGCCACCCCACACCCACGUCCAUGUACCACCCUGUCGACCAGUUGGCCUGGGAGGUCCAGCAGCUCAGAGACAAGCUGGCCCUGGCAUCAAGUGGACAUGCUGCCCCCACAACCAAGAAGCAGGAGUCUCGGAGGCCAGACACCAACCUCAACCAGAACACCAACAACGGCACUUUCCUUUUCUCCGCCCCGCGGCCCUCCUUCGUCACACCCCGGGGCCUGCCUCCGACCUCUGCCCCACCCAGGGCUCCGCCCCCCACCGCACCCCUGCCCAGGCUGGCCAAUCGUGACCCGAGCAAACGUACAUUCCUGUUCAGCCACCCACCAGACAGUCGCCAAGACCAGCGCUACACUCCCAUGCCCAGCACAAGGCUGUCCAAGAACAGCGGGCCCUCUCUGGGGUCCUGAGCACCGCACUUGGCUAAGGAUUUGAUCCUCAAAGAGAUGCGUAGGAAACAGGUAGCAUUCACACCUGUGGUACUAAACUCCACAUCCGAGAUUGGGGGUCAACUCUAACAAGCUCCAUCACACUCCAAGCCGAGCUCUUGACCUACUUCCCCUAAUACAAUGGGACACUGGGGUGUUUUUGCUAAGGUUAGCAUAUUGGUCAAGAAUGGGAUGUUGAAAAGCAAUAAUUUCCCAGUACUCAGUGAGAAGUACAGCACAAUGUUAACAGUAUUUGUUGCAUGUUAUCUAGAGCUGAUUUCUACAGCUGAACAAGACUGAUUCUGUUGUACUCUGUUAAGUAAUGAUUGCACUUCAAGCAUUUUAAUUUCUUUUUUUAUUCUUGUAUACUUAUUAGGGAAACUGUAAUGACCAGCUUUCCAAACCAGCAAAUGAAAUUCCUUGGUUUUCAUCUAAGGUCAUCUCAGUAUUCUGUUGUUUGAACAGAUGAGGAAAAAGGCCAGUAGAUUGCUGAAUAUAUUCUGUAAUGAUGAUAGAGGAUGACUAUGUCUGUCUCUUUGCUGGAUCUAAUUAGAUCACCACAUUCCAUUGCUAAUAUACUGGAAGAGGCAUCAGUGAAGCUGAAUCAAGGGUUGUUUGACUUUCUCGCCUGACUUUCUAUUGCAGUCAGUUUACAAUUUGAAUAGCUGUUACAGUCCAGUCAGAUCAGGUAGAUAGACAUGGCCAUUUGAAUUCUGUCUCCAUUUAAGAGAGUUAAGGCUGUACAUAUUCUAGUCAGGGAUAAUGGCAGCAGGUUUAAUAUGGAAACUCAGAGCAGAGAGCACUUUUCAAAGUGAACAGUAGGGGGAGACAUUCACAUAAACCCUCAUGGCAUUAAAAUGCACUCCCAGGACUUCAUGGUAAUGUGACUGGAUGUAGGCCUCGGGAAACUUUACAACAGGAGUGCCCAUGUUUUAACAAUAUGCUGUAAAGAUAGGGCACUUACAGUCAAACAAGCUCAGUUUUAUACAUUAGGUUACCCUUUACUCCAACAUAUAUAUUUCUAACUACCCACUCAAAGCAUCUGAUAAACUUUCAAUAAUACAGCAUAUUUUUUGCAUAAUUUGAAUAGAAGAGGGACCAAUACUGUACAUUGUUUUCUACAUAGUAUGAGUUAUGUUCUCUUGAAGUGGCUAAUAUGUAGUAUUAUCCACUCUCUGUGGUGACUUAAGUGUUUUCUUUAAAAAGUGUAACAUUGAAACCCAUCUCCAGGUAUUCCAGGGAAAAUAAUAUAAGCAUUAGUAAUUAUUAUCAUUCAUACAUUGCUGUAAUUAAAUACGCAUGACCAUUUUGUCCAUUUAUAUGUUUUGCACAUAUUUGGUACUGUCUUUAGCUGUAGACAUUUGUAAAUUGAUGAAUGCUGAAAAUGUGUUGUUGAUGGAUGCCGUUUUGAGUCUGUUCAGUGGUGUGGUGUGCUUUCUGGUCCAGGUUAAAUUGAGAAAAUAAGUACAGGCCCAUGCAUAGUUCCCUUAGACCUUCUGUUUUAUAUGAUGUGAAAUCUCAGCUAUCAAAAGUACCAGGCUAACUACAUGGAUAAUACUGUCUUCAUGAGGUGCAUUCUGUCAGAUUUCCAAAGU